GGCUCUAGUCUGUUGGCCUGACGUCAGAUGUCGCUUUCAUAAACCCCCCCGGGGGCUGAGGAAGGCUCUCCGCUGCUCUGAUGGGCCAGCCCAGUCCUGGCCCAGCUCCCUGGAGAGGCAUCUGCAUCUUCUGGGCUGAAAGGUAGCUCCUGUGCCGCUGACUUCCAGGCAUGAGGUGGCUCCUGCCCUGGACGCUGGCAGCUGUGGCAGCCCUGGUGGCGGGCAACGUCCUGGCCACGGUCAUCUCUCCAACCCCUACAACAAUGACUUUCACCCCAGCGCCACUGGAGGACACAAUGACACGCCCUGAGUUCUGCAAGUGGCCGUGUGAGUGCCCACAAUCCCCACCUCGCUGCCCACUGGGCGUCAGCCUUAUCACAGAUGGCUGUGAAUGCUGUAAGAUAUGUGCCCAGCAGCUUGGGGACAACUGCACAGAGGCUGCCAUCUGUGACCCACACCGGGGCCUCUACUGCGAUUACAGUGGGGACCGCCCGAGGUACGCAAUAGGAGUGUGUGCACAGGUGGUCGGUGUGGGCUGCGUCCUGAAUGGCGUGCGCUACGCCAAUGGCGAGUCCUUCCAGCCCAACUGCAGGUACAACUGCACCUGUAUCGAUGGCACGGUGGGCUGCACACCACUGUGCCUGAGCCCCAGACCCCCGCGCCUCUGGUGCCGACAGCCCCGGCAUGUGAGAGUACCUGGCCAGUGCUGCGAGCAGUGGGUCUGUGACGAUGAUUCAAGGAGACCACGGCAGACCGCGUUGCUGGACACUAGAGCCUUUGCAGCUUCAGGCACAGUGGAGCAAUGGCAUGGGAACUGCAUAGCCUACACUAGCCCCUGGAGUCCUUGCUCAACCACCUGUGGCCUAGGAAUCUCAACUCGGAUCUCCAAUGUCAAUGCCCGGUGCUGGCCAGAGCAGGAAAGUCGCCUCUGCAACCUGCGGCCAUGUGAUGUGGACAUCCAUCCACACAUCAAGGCCGGGAAGAAGUGUCUAGCUGUGUACCAGCCGGAGGAGCCCACGAACUUCACUCUUGCAGGCUGUGUCAGCACGCGCACCUACCGACCCAAGUACUGUGGAGUCUGUACUGACGAUAGGUGCUGUAUCCCCUACAAGUCCAAGACCAUCGCUGUCACUUUCCAGUGUCCAGAGGGGCCGGGUUUCACCCGUCAGGUCCUAUGGAUCAAUGCUUGCUUCUGCAACCUGAGCUGUAGGAAUCCAAACGAUAUCUUUGCUGACUUGGAAUCCUACCCUGACUUCUCAGAGAUUGCCAAUUAGGUAGGUGUGUGGCUCGGGGUAAAGCUCCAGGUUUGCAAAGCAGCCAGCCCUCUGUGGCCCAGGACUUCACAACUGAGCCUUAUUUCACCUACUUCCUACUCAAUUCUGAAUUCCCUGAUCCCGACCCUCAGUCUCUUCCUAUUUUGACCAUCCCAAUGGCCCAGGAGAGCACAGCUCAGGCUCAGGCAAUGCGUCUUUCCUUGGGGAUGUUCUAUAUCACUCCGAAGAGAACUCAUCUCUCACUGCUCAAGAUGAAUCCCAAGCCAGGCCCAGCCUGUCUGGCUCCAGCCUGCUCAAGUUGUCAGAAAUCCUGAUGGGACUGCCCAAGGAACAGAGUCAGCUGAAGAGCCAACAUCACAGACUCCUUCUUCAGAUGCCAAACCUGAUGAUGAUGUUGGGGUCCUUCCAGACAGACAUAUGGGACUAGGGACACAGGAAUAAGCCAUUAUUUGGGCCUUGCUAAAUGAUACUAUCAUGGGCAUUUCUGUCCACAACACACCAAAAGUGCUCUUGUUCCAAAGAUCUUUUGUACCACAAGGUCACCAAACAUUUUCCAAGUGAGGUUAAUGGUUGUACCAUUUUGCUUUGCAAUAGAACGUCAUUUCCAUUAACCUGGGCAUAACUGAGGAUACAUUUCUCUUAUCCCUGUAGUGUGAAGGCUCAAAUUGGGUUCAUGUUGAUCAGAAAUGUAAUUUGAGAAGUUUUAUUUUGGCUGGUAGGUGACAACCCCCAAUUCAUCCUACAGAGAUGGGGCAAGGCCAGCCAAUCUCACAGACCACAGCUGAUCAGUCAUUGAACCUGUUGCUGACCAAAUUCUUAGGGCAAUUAGCAACCCUUUCUAAGAUCUGAGCCUCCCUUGCGCUGGGGCUCCUGGGAGUUGGUUGGGAUCUCGGGGUGGCCUGUCUGUUGUCUCAGCAGCACCCUGGAACAGUGGGAUGACCAGACAUUGUUCUCAUAGGCCUUGAAAGAUUCUUUGGAAGUCUAGACCAGAUUGAGCAGGAUGUAUGUGUCAAACAUAUAAGUAGUUCAUCCUUCACUGGCCUGGGUGGCCUCUGGCAGGAGUGGUGAGGCCAAAAUAGUCCCUGGGCCCAGGAUACAUCUCUUUUGCUUUAGUGACCUACUUCACUGUGGCCUUAGUGGCUGUGGAGCAAAAUAGCUCAGUUUUCUAGUCUGAAGAUAGAAGUUGACCAACUGUUUAGAAAUGGAAAUCUAUUUAACAGAGGUAAAGACCAAAGAGUUUGUAAAUUGAAGAAAGAGAUUUCUCCCAAGUGAUAAUGAGGCUAUUGUUUAUUUUAGCAGUAGAAUGUAAGCUUUUCUGUCAUUAUUCUUUUACUGAGUGUGUUCUGCGCACUACCCCUUGUUCUCAAUAUUUGCCACAUAUUUCCUUAUUGAAGCUUUGUGAUCACAUUGAGGAGUUCUCUUCAUAAUUUCUGUUCUUGAAACUGUGAAAUGGAAGCCCAAAGAAGAAACUCAACCGAAGUCACCCAUCUGGAGAUUCGUAUCCCAGAUAGAUUAACUUCAUAAUUCAUAUUUCCUCUUUGCAUCUGGACCUUCCUAACGUGUCAGGGUAGGAAAGCCAAACGAAAUCAUCAACUUGUCCUUCUCAGUUUGGCCCUGUAAUACUGUCUCUCUAGCUGCUUUCCAACAAGAGGGGAGUGUUUAAGUAUUAAGCAUCCAAACUAAGUAGGACAGGAAAAAGCAUGUGCAUCCCCUGUGGCUCCUCGUGCCUUGAAAUCAGAACGAGCUCACGACAGGGAUUUAUAAGAUGGGUUCUGCUUGCCCAGUACCACACGUGCAGUGGUGGGAACAUGCCUAUGGGAGAACUAUACACAACACAUAAGUGGAUUCCUAAGUGUGAAAGGGGACGUGGGAUUUUCCCUCCCUCCUGUAACCUCCCAAAGGCCUGGCUUUGCACAAGGCAAACCACGGUGCUCAAGAUGUAUUUAAGGAAGAAAAUACAUUAUAUAUACACUCCUACUUUUUUAGAACCACUCUUCUUCCAAGAUCUCAU